AUGUCUGUGGCAUUGGCAGAAAAUAUUGCAAACCAAAUACAACAACUUUUUUCAUCUGAAUUGAAGGAAAAUUAUUUCAUAAAAGAUCAUUCAAGACAGCCAAGAGGAAAGAUAUACUGUAAAUAUUACAAUACUAUGAGAACACUAAAAACAAGCGGGUUAAUCUUAAAACAUACAGGAAAAAAUGAAUUAAUUAAUAAAACUAAAAAUAGUAGUUUUAGUAGAUGGACUACUAAUAACUAUGAACCUGAAGAAGAUAUACAGUUAAUCUUAAACCAAAUUAAGCAUGAUAACUGUAGUCUUCCAGAACUUGAGCGACAUUGGAGUUCAACUGUAAAUCACAGGUUAAAUUAUAUUCAGAAGGCCACAACAACUCAGGAAAUAAUAAAAGAAUGGAAGAGCUAUAAAAUACCAAUGGGUUAUAAAUUAGUAUGUAAAAUUUGUUUUUUAAAUUAA